CACAAUCAUCUCACACAGAAGUUCAACAUAUAAACUCAACGUCCUCUUCCAAUGGACGGAAUUCACUCUGAGUGAUUCCACGCCCCUUGCAGACUUUGCAUCAUCCGCCCAGCUACCAAACUCUGCUCGUGCUCUCUCCCCAAAGGCUAAUGGAUGUCGCCGGCCUCACAACCACUGCGCGAUGAGGGCACGCGUACGCAGGUCAUCAUCGCCGGCGCCAUCGCAGGACUCGUCUCUCGCUUCUGCAUCGCGCCGCUCGAUGUGGUGAAGAUCCGCCUGCAGCUCCAGUACCACUCCCUCGCGGAUCCGCUAUCGCAGGUCCGGCCCUCACAAUCCCCUGCAGGAGUGUAUAAAGUCGCUCGAGGCAUACUGCAACAUGAGGGAAUAACGGGAUUCUGGAAAGGCAAUAUUCCCGCCGAAGGACUAUACCUGAGCUAUGGUGCGGUGCAGUUCUGGAGUUAUCGGACCCUCAGCCAAGCGUUGGAAGAGUUCUCGGAAGACAGCCAUGUCAAAAUCCCAGGAGCGGCCAAGAGCUUCGUGAGUGGUGCCGUUGCGGGAACUGCUGCGACCACAGCGACAUAUCCACUUGACCUUUUGCGGACGCGAUUCGCCGCUCAGGGGACGGAAAAGGUCUACGAUGGUCUCGUCGCAAGUAUCAGGGAUAUCGCACAACACGAAGGCCCCGCUGGGUUCUUCCGUGGGCUUACCGCCGCGAUCGGACAAAUCAUACCAUACAUGGGCCUCUUCUUCGCCUCCUACGAAUCUUUAAAGCCAAUCUGCUCCGAGAUCGAGCUGCCCUUUGGCUCAGGCGACGCAGUGGCUGGCAUCACAGCCAGCGUCAUGAGCAAGACCGCCGUCUUCCCAUUCGACACCAUCCGAAAGCGAUUGCAGGUUCAAGGGCCGACCCGACGCAAGUAUAUCGGCGGAGAACGCAUCCCGGUGUAUUCCCGGGGAGUGCUGGGCACGUUGAUGAUGAUCCUGAAGAAGGAGGGCUAUGCCGGUCUCUAUAGAGGGUUGAGCGUGGGCUUGCUGAAGGCUGCUCCAGCUAGUGCGGUCACCAUGUGGACGUAUGAGCAAGCACUGCACAUGCUGGAACGCGUCGAGGACGCUCGUCAACAAUUGCGUUGAAUUUUUUUUUGUACACUACAAAGAGGCGACCAGUAAAAACGGAUAUAUGGC